GGAAAUUGUCCUGAGCUUGAUCCGUUGUCGGAUUCGUCCAUAGGUGAUCUCCUGCGGCUCCCAACCUCCGCCGCCGUUUCUCAAACGAUCAAUAUCAUCCUCUUCAUUCACAUCACGACGUCGAAAUCCUAUUCACCCCAUACGCGGUCAUUUCUCUCACAAUUUUCGCACCUAGACGAGCGUACGAUUGCAGCAACGCUCAAAAAUCCAGAAAGCGCCCUGAAAGAAGCCGAGCAGCUGGUAGAACAAACCAAAGACGAACAUGCUUUCAAAGGUAAGACGUUUCGCAUGGUUGGCAUGGGACUUGGCGCGAUUGCAGGUGGCGUGCUCGUUGGCGUGACUGGUGGGCUCGCCGCUCCCCUCGUCGGAGCAGGGGUGACUGCACUGUUCGGCGCACUCGGCGUUGGAGGGACUGCAGUGGGGCUGCUUGCGAGCGGUCUCGCGAGCUCGUCUGUCGUGUGCGGGGCGUUGUUCGGGGCGUACGGUGCGCAAUCGACGGCGGGGAUGGUCAGAAGGUACACGCGCGAAAUACGUGACUUGGCGGUGCUGCCGGUGCGCAGGCCAGAGGAGACGCUGGCAGUUAGGCUUUGCGUGAGCGGAUGGUUGACAGACAGGGGUGAUGUAACGGCGCCUUGGACCGUGUUCGAGGGGGACGAUACAUAUGCGCUACAGUGGGAAGUCGAGGCUCUAGAGGAACUGUCCAGUGCACUAUAUACUUUGGUCAAAACAUCGGCUAUGCGCUAUGUCAAGGCGGAGCUCAUCAAGCGCACAUUCCUAGCUAGCCUCAUGAGCUCUCUCGCACCCAUCGCGUGGCUUAACAUCGGCAGAAUUAUAGCCCUCAAAGCCGGCUCCGUCCUCGCCACCCUCCUUUCCUCGCACGCCUUCGGCACGCGCCCUAUCACGCUCACUGGCUACUCUCUAGGCGCCCUCGUCAUAUUCGAAGCGCUCACUCAGCUCGCCGCGCUCCCGCCAUCCCGAACCACACACCUCAUACAUGACGUUUUUCUCUUCGGCGCGCCCGUCCCUGCAGACGGCCGCACGUGGUCCGCCGUCCGCCGCCUCGUCGCGGGGCGCCUCAUCAAUGGGUACGCGGCGAGCGACUACGUCCUCGCAGUUCUGGCGCGCGCCACGGACGCGAGCUGGAACGUAGCCGGGCUGCAGGUAGUAGACGUGCAGGGAGUCGAGAAUGUGUGCUGUGAUGACGCCGGCGUGGAUGGGCAUCUGAAGUGGAGAGGCAUGAUAGGGAGGUGUUUGGAAAUAUGUAGGGCACCGGGUGUCAACCACGAGGAAGUAGAAAGGCAAACAAGAGAGGUCAGGGAUACUGAGAACACGCCAGAGCUAACCUCAGAGGAGAUUGGGGAGGCAACGAAGCCUGGACUGAAUGAGAUUCGCUGA